AUGUUAAUCGUAGCGAUACGUAACACUUUCAUUGCACAUUCGUCUGAGAAUAUUAUAUACAUUUUUUUCAUAUUCGUUCAGAGUUUUCAAAAUCUCUCCCUUAGUAUCUCUCCCUCAUAUAAGUAUCUCUCCCUUAUAUUCUCUCCCUUAGUAUCUCUCCCUUAUAUAAGUAUCUCUUAUAUUCCUUAUAUCUCUCCCUCAUAUAAGUAUUUCUCCCUUAUAAUCUCUCCCUUAGUAUCUCUCCCUGAUAUAAGUAUCUCUCCCUUAGUAUCUCUCCCUCAUAUAAGUUUAUCUAUCUAUCUAUCUAUCUAUCUAUCUAUCUAUCUAUCUAUCUAUCUACAGGAUUACCUUUUCAUUCUCUUCAUUCGCCCUGCCAUUCUCUUCACUCUGUUUUAUUCUCUUCAUUCUCUGUUUCGUUCUUUUCAUGCACUAUUUCCUUCCCUUUAUUUGCUGUUUCAUUCUCUUCAAUCUCUAUUUCAUUCUUUUCAUUCUCUAUUUCAUUCUCUCCAUUCUCUGUUUCAUUCUUUUUAUUCUCUGUUUCAUUCUAUCCAUUCUUUGUUUCAUUCUCCUUAUUCGCUUUUUCAUUCAUUUCAUUCUCGCUUUCAUUCUCUCUUUCAUUCUAUUUAUUCUAUCUUUCAUUCUAUGUUUCACUCUCUUUAUUCUCUGUUUCAUUCAUUUCAUUCUCUUUUUCAUUCUCUGUUUCAUUCUCUCCAUUCUCUGUUUCAUUCUUUUUAUUCUCUGUUUCAUUUUAUCCAUUCUUUGUUUCAUUCUCUUUAUUCUCUUUUUCAUUCAUUUCAUUCUCUCUUUCAUUUUCUGUUUCAUUCUCUUUAUUCUGUUUCAUUCUCUCCAUUCUGUGUUUCAUUCUGUGUUUCAUUCUCUUUAUUCGCUGUUUCCUUCUUUCCAUUCUCUGUUUCAUUCAUUUCAUUCUCUUUUUCAUUCUGUUUCAUUCUCUUUAUUCUCUGUUUCAUUCUUUUCAUUCUCUGUUUCAUUCUCUUUAUUCUCUGUUUCAUUCUUCCAUUCUCUAUUUCAUUCUCUUUUCAUUCUCUUUAUUCGCUGUUUCUCUCGUAA